AUGGAGCAACCAGGCCCCGUUCUGACCCUCUUCUCACACGAACACGGCUCGCCCCACGUCUAUGAGGCAGGGUCACCCAAGGAAGAUCUGACAGUAAGUGUGAGGAAUUUGGCAAUAAAACCACCGAUCUGCAGAGAUUUCCGAAAACCCAAAAUGAUUAGCUCAUUAAAAUUCAGUCUUAUUCUACUUCUGUUGAUUUCUACAAUGCAUGUGUUCUGGUCUUAUCCCGUUCCACCUUCUAAGGUGCCUGGAAAAUCUGAUUACUUUCUCAUCCUGCUGAACAGCUGCCCAACCAGGAUGGACAGGAGCGAGGCACUAGAUUUUCUAAAGCCAAUUUUGGAGAAGACAUUCAUGAAAAGGUCCUUUCGCAAUGGAGUUGGAACAGGGAUGAAAAAAACUUCCUUUCAAAGAGCAAAAUCAUGA